GUUAUGUAAACAAAGAUUUUUUUCAAAACAGUUGCAUAAUACAAUUUUCUUUGUCAUAUAAGGUCCUACUUAACUUAAGCAUCUUUAUUAAAAACAGAAAUAGAAAUAAAAUACUUUGUUGUAAUUGAGGAUACCAGCUGGGACCAAUCGUACUCACAGAUACCAGGUAAAUCAGUGACUGUGUCGGUUUCAAACUUGCAGGGAAAUCAUCCAAAUUGUUUAUCAUCGAGAGAUCAGCUCUACUGGCACUGUGACCAAAUUUUGCCAGGAUGGUGAAGAGAAAAUCAAUCAAUGGGACUUCAGAAGCUGAACCCAGUUCAAAGAAAAGUAAGCAAACCACAAAGGCAGGAGCCAGUUCCAAAACGUCGAAGUCAUGCACAUUGGAAAAAGCACCCAAGGCAUCCACGAAAGCAGACAAGAAGCAAUCAUAUCCUAAACUUGUUGAUGAGGAUGAUAACUUUGAGACAGAGAAGCUGGAGUUUACCGAGCCCGCACCAAUGUUGAAUUCCCGGGGCCAGCUGGUGUUUCAGACCCACCCCGAGUUCCGCCCAAACCUCACCCCCAAGGAGGUGCUUCACAUGGGCAGCUUUGGAGGAACUUAUUACAGACCCAUUUACUCAUCCAUUACUAAGAAGAAUUACUCUGGUGCAUGGAAGGAGCUACCAAAGGAUUGGUUAGAAGGACUUUCACUUUCAAAACAGGUGUCCAAUCCCAAGUAUGAUGUAGGUGUGAACCGGUACGGUGUGAAGUGUGGUGGUAGCCUAGAGAUGUGGGAGGAGAGUGGCUGGAUGCACAAACAGGACCCAUAUGGCUGGUUCCAGUGGUACUGCAGGUAUUACCAGGGUAGACGGACAAGUGAUGAUGAUCGCCAGAUAGGUCGCUGGUUGAGGUGCGCGGGUGACACCGGGCGAUGGCGUGGUAACCUGAUCUCCAAAUGCUACAAGAGCGGCAAGGCGUUUGAUAACCGUGUGGUAUCUCCUGUGGUGAGACAGACGCUCCAACACUGGGCAUACCAGUUGAACAAGGAAGACUUUGAAGCUGGGGUGAAGAGGAUGAAAGCUAAAGGAUCUCUGUGAACCAUCAGUAAAAGACAGCAGUUACAGCAGUUUUAAUACUGAGUCCAUCCCCCACCCCCUUAAAGAUCGGAGUUUUAAUAAUGAGUCCAACACCCCCCUCCCCUUAUGCAGCAUCUUAUUGCAGUAUUAUUAAAAUGUCAAAUUUUUAACUAUGGUUAAGUGAUAAAGUCCAUAUAGUGAGGAGAAUAUGUCACGCUGUAGGUUGUGAUGUUAACAUUCACAGAGACAAUAUCUUAAGACUUAUUUCACCAAAACUAGAUUAAAACACUUUCCUGGAGUGUUUCUAUUUAUACGUACUAAUGCACACUAGGAGUAUGUUUCUGUUUGAGGCAUGCAUUUGACAUGGUUGUGUGAUCUUUGAAAAUAACUAACAAUAAAAGAGAGAAAUGUGGAUCUGAUAACAAUCACAUACUAGUAGUUGCUACAGGUGGGUGCAUUUCAGUAGGUUAAAAGUUUGGGGGUUUACAUUUUAUGUUUUCAUGAUAGUCAGUUGUGUGUGUGUGUGUGUGCAAGUGCUGUGCGUGUGCGUGCUUGCCUUUGUGGUUGUGCGUGUGUGCGUGCGUGCAUGUGUAAGAUCAUACUCAGGGACUUUUGUUUGCUUUCUAAAUUGUUGUUCAGUGUGGCAUAGUAGUGGGUCAUGCAUUGUUAAUAUGUGUUUCAGUUGAACAGAGAAAUCAUGUUUUCAUUUAUGUCUGUACAUCUACUUGUUUUAACAUCACGAUUUUAAAGGUAUUUUAUGUAAUAUAACGCUUUUAUUUGUUAUAUAAGGAAGUAUACAUGGAUAUUGCUUUCCCAUUUUACAGCCAUGUUCAUGCAUGAAAUGUAGUUUUAAGAUUGAUAUUAUACGUGAUGUGUUGACAAGGCUUUAUAUUUGUCUGGCUUCAUUGAUUUUGUUGAUGUUAAUCAUUAAUAUCUUUAUAUAAUGGCUUAUAGAUUUUCUUAAACAGUAUUGUAAUGCAAUAAAUGUUGGUCAAUAAAUACCAUAAAUACCA